CAUUUACUAAUGAUGAAUGAAUGAUUGAUAUUUAAGAAAAAAAAUAAGAUUAGUAUUGAAAAUAGAAAAAAAACUACCAUUUGAAUGAAGCUAAAUAAAACGAAAAUCAGUUCGGUAAGUACAACAUCAUUGUGCAGUGAAAAGGAAUCAUCAUCAACAUCACAAUCAUCGAAUAUUCAUCAUCAUCAUCAUCAACAAAAUCAUUAUAAACAUAAUCAUUUUCAUGAUUCCAAUCCUGCAACAAUGUUAUUACCGAACACAACGGCAACAGCAUUUCGUUCGUUUAUCAAGACAAAAAGUACUGGUAUUAUGAUACGUAAAGAUCAUUCAGAUGAUGAUGAUGAAGAAGUGGAAAAAUUAUGCGAUAGUGAAUGUUCAAAAUUAUCAAAUGAAUGUUGUUCAACACCAAAUACGGCUGAUGAUACGGAUGUUCGACAUCCAGAAUUUCCAAAUACAACAACAACACCAACAACAUCAACAAUAACAACAAUAAAAACUAAUAAUGUUAAUGUUAAUGAUAAUUCUGAUCUAGUCAAUGAACAAUUACAAAAUCGAUCUUCAUCUGAUCAUUCACAUGAUUCAUUUGCAAUUCAUUCGAUUGAUACAAAUCAAUCAUUUUUAUCAUCAUCGGAAUUGUAUGAACAACAAACUGAAACUGGUAGCAUAUCAAGUUCGACAUUUAUCACUAUUUCUGGUGUUAAUAAUAAUAAUAAUAAUCAACAGCAACAACAACAACAACAAUCACAAAAAUCUUCGUCUAAACGUCACCAUCAUACUCGUGCAAAUCCAAUAUUACCAAUUUUGAAAUCGAAUCGUUUUGUUAAACAUUCGAAAGCCAGUAAUAUAUUGUUCACAAAUAAAACACAAAAAAAUCAUAUGAAAAAACGUACCAAUUCUGAAAGUGGUACAACAUCAUUAUAUUCAACAUCUAGUCAAGAAUUAGUUCGAUCACUUCGUUCGGAUAGAAUGAUAAUUACACAACCUGAUGAAGAUCGUAGACGACGUACAAUUAUCAUUGAAAAACAGAAAAAUUCAUUCGGUUUUACAUUACAGACUUAUGGCAUCAAACAUGGACAAGAAAUUGAAUUGAUCACUUAUGUAGAUGAAGUAACCUAUGGUGGACCAGCAUUCCGUGGCGGUAUGCGUCCUGGUGAUGUUAUUCUAUCAAUCAAUGGACGUGAUGUCGAAAGAGCUGAUCAUCAGACGCUAGUCAAUUACAUUAAUUCUUGUGAAAAAACAAUGCGUUUAGUUGUAUUGUUUGAAGAUUGUGUUCGUAAAAUCGAACUUCAUUUAGAAUUUAUCAAGUUACAGAAAUCUUUACAACAGAAGCUAACACAAUUGGAUAUUCUAAAUCAACGUGAAGAUCAAAUUUUAUUGAAUGCUGCUUUACGAAAUUGUUCAUCGAAUGAAAAUAAUAAUAACAAUGAUGAAAAUUUUGCUAAACAAUUACAGAUGAAGAAAAAAUAUGCAAGCAAAUCUUUAAAUGUUAGUUUAAAUGAUUUAGAUGAUUGUCGUUACGAUAUUGACUAUGAAAAUGAGGACGAUGACGACGAUGAUGAUGAUGACGAUGAUGGCAUUCUGGUUGAUGACAGAAUUCGACAACGAAAAGAUUAUUCCACAUCAACAUUUCCACGACAUACAUCUCAUGCAAUCGGUCACAUUAACAAUAACAACAACAACAAUAAAAAUAAUAAUCAGACAAACAUUCAAAUUGGUAAAAAUUUAGAAGAAAAUGUAAUACUCAUUGAUGCCGAUGAUAAUGAAACAGCGAACAAUAAUUAUGAAGAUAAACGUAAUGGUAAUAAUAAUGAUCGACAAAAUGAUAAUAAUGAUAAUUGUAAACAAUCAAUAUCAUUACCACAAUCUGUUCAUAAUUCAUUGGAUUGUUUAACAAAUGAAGCAUAUGAAGAUGAUGAAAAUUUAAUGCUUGAUCAUAAUAAAAACAAUCAAUCCACAAAAACAUCGAAUCAUAAAAAGAAUCCAUCAACCAUUUCAAUACAUUCAAGUGAUUCAAGAGAUUUCAUUACCAAGCUAUAACACUGGAAAAAUUCAUUAAAAAUCGACCCUUUUUUUUAAUGUGCAAAGUUAUAUUUUUCAAUUAAAAAUUUUUAUUUUUUAUUCAUAUUUACUUUUAUCAUUAUCAAAAAUUACAGAAAUUAAUCGACAAAUAUUAUUUUUUUUCUGUACAAGACAAAAAUCAAAUUAUCAAAUUAAAGAUAUGUAAUGUUAAUUGUUGCAAUAAAUCAAUUAAUCUUGUUUUAA